GAAAUCAACAACAGAAACGAUAUACUUCCUGGAGUCAAACUGGGUUAUAAAAUCUAUGAUUCCUGUGGAUCAAUAGAAAUGACCACAAGAGCCUCUUUGUCCUUAGUUAAUGGCAAUGGAGAAAAUACAUCUGUAAUGUCUUGCUCCAAACCUGAUACAGUUCAAGCAAUCAUAGGGCAAACAUCAUCCAGCCCCUCUAUUGCCAUUUCUGCUACGGUGGGACCAUUGCACAUACCUGUGGUAGUCAAUGAGUUGAAGAAACUCCGUUUCACCACUACAACUGGAGAGGAUGUAUACUUUGAUGAGAAUGGAGACCCAGCGCCGAGGUAUGAACUUCUGAACUGGCAACAAGGAAAAGAUGGUAAAAUAGUGUUUGUUAAAGUGGGCUUCUAUGAUGCCUCUCUGCAAACAGACUGUCAGCUGUCAUUUAACAACAUCAGUAUAGCCUGGGCGCACAACAAAUCACAGGUGCCGGUCUCUGUGUGUAGUCCAAGUUGCCCCCCUGGCACAAGGAAGGCUGUGCAGAAAGGAAGGCCGAUCUGCUGCUUUGACUGUAUAUCAUGUGCAGAGGGGGAAAUCAGUAAUAUAACAGAUUCCAUAACUUGCAUCAAAUGCCCACCUGAACUGUGGUCUAAUGACAAGAAAGAUACCUGUGUCUUAAAGUUGGUAGAAUUCCUGUCAUUUGAAGAAAUAAUGGGGAUCAUUCUUGUAUCAUUUUCUUUGUUAGGAGUCUUGUUCACCAUCUGCAUUGCUGUAAUUUUUUUUAAACACAAGGACACACCAAUUGUUAGAGCAAAUAAUUCUGAACUAAGCUUCUUGUUGCUCUUCUCACUCACUCUGUGUUUCCUCUGUUCACUAACAUUCAUUGGUCAGCCCUCUGAGUGGUCCUGUAUGUUGCGCCAUACAGCGUUUGGGAUCACCUUUGUCCUAAGCAUCUCCUGUGUUUUGGGGAAAACAGUAGUGGUAUUAAUGGCCUUCAGGGCUACACUUCCAGGUAGUAAUGUAAUGAAAUGGUUUGGGCCUCUACAGCAGAGACUCAGUGUACUUGCCUUCACGCUUGUACAGGUCAUUAUUUGUGUACUUUGGUUAACAAUAUCCCCUCCUUUUCCCUACAAAAAUAUGAACAAGGAAAAGAUCAUAUUAGAAUGUAACGUAGGCUCGGCUAUAGGUUACUGGGCUGUGCUGAGUUAUAUAGGACUCCUGGCUCUUUUAUGUUUUAUUUUGGCUUUUCUGGCCCGCAAGUUGCCUGAUAAUUUCAAUGAAGCUAAAUUCAUCACAUUCAGCAUGCUCAUAUUCUGUGCAGUUUGGAUCACCUUUAUUCCUGCUUAUGUCAGCUCUCCUGGAAAAUUUACUGUAGCUGUAGAGAUAUUUGCCAUUUUAGCAUCAAGCUUUGGUUUACUAUUCUGUAUAUUUGUUCCAAAGUGUUAUAUAAUCAUACUCAAACCAGAAAAGAACACUAGAAAGCAAAUGUUGGGGAAAGCACCUACUCAGUGA